UGGAAUUCGUUCGCCGCUUGAAAAUGCCUUUUGCGACAUCAUAGCUGCUUGCACCGGAAAGCUAACAAAAAGUCGUACAGUCAUUUGUCCCGGUCCUCGGUUUUUAUCUUCGUCACGAUUCUUGUCAAGAUGAUGUCCUCAGAUGAACCUGGUACAACCCCUUUUCACUCCGCACAAGUGUCAUUCUCGAAGUUCCAGCGCCAAUACCAACAAACACUUGACCGAUGGACUCCUCACGUUUUGCAACGAUGGUUGGCGACUCUCUGUCUUCUGGCGCUCUUCAUGCUUAGGAUUGUGCUGUCUCAGGGGUGGUAUAUCGGUCUGUGUAUUUACUCUGCAUAUAUGAUCUCUGGCUCAUCAGUCAUGCCUGUGGUACUUGGAUGCAUGUGUAACGGCUUGGCCAUUUACCUCUUGAACUUGCUUCUUGCAUUCCUGCAGCCCAAGUUCGACCCUUCACUCGAGGAUGAUCUUCUUGCCGAUGAGAUCGAAGAGGGCGGCGAUCAAAGUACUCCUGUGCUUCCCUCUCAGCGCGAUGACGAGUUUAGACCUUUUGUGAGAAGACUCCCUGAAUGGCAAUUUUGGCUAAGUUCAACGAGGGCCACUCUCGUGUCACUUUUCUGUACCGUGUCAGAGGUCUUUGAUGUACCAGUCUACUGGCCGAUCCUUGUGGUCUACUUUUGUGUUCUCUUCGCAUUGACAAUGCGUCGGCAAAUUCAGCAUAUGAUCAAGUACAAGUACAUCCCGUUCGACAUAGGGCGCAAGGCACGUUACGGUGGGAGCAAGUAGAAACUAUUUACUAUGUCAUGUCACGCAGAACAUUCGCUUGACCUAUAGAUUUUGAGUCGUACUAAUGCAGGACUA